GUCAAACACAAAAUUUACGUCAGAAGUACAAAACCGCUGAAGAGGUGAUAGGGAACACGCACGCGGACUCGUGAGUUUUACUCAGCAUUCGAGCGAUAGGCAUUUGAGAGAGAAGAUGGACGGUUAUAAGUUGGGCGAGCUUUUGAUCGAGGGUAAGACGAAGAAGGUGUACCAGCUCUUGGACAAUUCGGACCUCUGCUACGUUGAGAAUAAGGACCGAAUAACAGCUGGCGAUGGAGCCAAAGCUCACGAUUUGGAGGGCAAGGCUGCCAUUAGUAACUCCACCAAUGCCAAGGUCUUCCAGCUGCUCAAUGAAGUCGGCAUAAAAACAGCGUUUGUCAAGGUCGCAGGCGAAACGGCAUUCAUCGCCCGGAAGUGCGAGAUGGUGCCCAUCGAGUGGGUCACUAGACGACUCGCCACCGGCAGCUAUAUCAUAAGGAAUCAAGGGGUGCCGGAGGGUUAUCGAUUCAAUCCUCCGCUGAUGGAAACAUUCUAUAAGGACGAUGCCAAUCACGAUCCUCAAUGGUGCGAAGCACAAAUUAUCUCGACCGCAUUCAAGUGUAACGACAUGAAGAUCGAUAAGCAGGAAUACGACAUUAUGUUGCGUACGACCGUCGCCGUAUUCGAAAUUCUAGAAAGAGCCUGGUUAACGCGAGAUUGUACUCUCGUCGAUAUGAAGAUUGAGUUUGGCAUUGACGAAAACCAAGAUAUCCUCGUGGCCGAUGUAAUCGACAGUGAUUCUUGGAGAUUGUGGCCUAAUAAUGACAAGAGGCUAAUGAAAGAUAAACAGGUUUACAGGAAUCUAAAGACGGUAGAGCAGUCCGACUUAGAUAUAGUGAAACGCAAUUUUAAAUGGGUGGCUGACCAGAUGGACUUUCUCGUAUCAUCGCCAAGUGCGCACGUUAUUAUCUUGAUGGGCUCCCCGAGUGAUACGUCGCACAGUGAAUCGAUUAUUAAUCAUGCCCAAGCUUUAGGCUUAAAGGCCCAACUGAGGGUGUGCAGUGCCCACAAGAGUACAGAGGAGACGCUGCGCAUACUCUCGGAGUACGAGGGUAACGGUGAAAAAGUGGUGCUAAUUGCCGUGGCUGGUCGAAGUAACGGCUUAGGUCCCGUGCUGUCCGGCAACUCAGCAUUCCCUGUCAUCAAUUGUCCACCCGGCAAAACUGUAGACCUGGUGCAAGACAUAUGGUCGUCUCUCAAAAUUCCAUCAGGACUUGGAUGUACCACUGUACUCUACUCAGAAAGUGCAGCGUUUGCGGCCGCACAAAUUCAUGCUCUCCACAAUCAUUUGAUCUGGGCACGUUUGCGAUCCAAACAGCUUAACAACUUUAUUACACUGAAACUUACCGACACAAAGCUAAAAUAUAAAUACUGAUAAUAAUUUUACUAAAUCAUUACAGAUUUUUACAAAUUUCUUCAACAA